AUGGCAACAAAGAAUCGUCAAAAAAUUUUUUGUGCGGCUUUCACCUCGACCUUUUCCGCACCACCAAAAAAUAGAGAGAAAUCUGAAAUAGAAAAAUUAAGAGAUAAAUUUCAAAGUCUCUUAAAAGAACGCGAUGAAUUGAAACAAAUUCUUGAGAUUGAGGAAAAUUCAAAGAAUUUACGCGAAAUCGUUUAUGAGAAGGAUGCAGAAAUAUCGUCAAUUAAUCACGAUGAAUUCCAAGAGGAGAUAGUUCAACAGAUGGUGCAAAUCAGUAAUCAACGUGAAUAUGAGGAAUUUUUGAAGGCCUAUCGACUUAUUGGCAGGACGAUUUUCCCUACUAAAAGUAAACGCGUUGAAAUGAAAUUCGAAACAUUCUAUAGAGCAAAAUAUCACGAGUCACAUUACAUCAUCCUCGAUCAAGCGAAACGGGGUAAUCAGUUGAGGAUUUUCAAACACACGUUACCACAUUUCAUCCCUCUGGGAGAGAUCGAGAACGAUUAUUUAAACAAAGACGUGGAUAAAUUUGUGAAUAUUGUAGAUGAUUACCUUCAAGCCUAUGUUGCGAGACGCGAAGAAGUAAAACUCAUGCGACAGAAAACAGGCGUUACUAAUUUGACGUCUAAUAACGCCUAUGAUUUUGUAGAGUUCUCGGUUGACAUGGAAGAAUCCAUAAUAGAUAUCAGUUUGACAUAUGGCAACCUGAGAUCGUCCGUCCCCACCGAUGUUGUUAUAACUCAAAGAUUUGAAGAUAUCGAGAAUUCCGUAACUCGUAAGCGAUUGAAGAAAAUUGAAAAAUAUUUCUUGGAUAUGAGCUUGAUAAGAGCGUUUAAUGAAUUGUUUGUGGACUUGUAA